UUUAACAGUUUUUUUAUGUUAUUAAAUAAUAUUGUUUAUUAAAUAUGUUUAUUUACCAUAAACAAAAAAAAUAAAACAAGAUUAGACGAUCUGAUAUUUUUUGAAAAAUAUAUAAAAGCUAUAGUUCUUGUACAAUCAUCAAUCAGUACAACUGGGCGGCUGUUGAAAUACACUCAGUGAAUUAUCUAAAAAAUAUAAUUUAAAUAGAAUGAAGACGUUCAAGUGUUUCUUCGUAGCUGCAGCUGUUGUCGCUUUAGGAAUGGCUAACAUUUCCGAAGCUCAACUUUCGGGCUUAAUAGGAAUCGGUAAUAACAAUCACCAUCAGCAUUCAUUAAUAAACUUAAACUUGGGAUCUUCAAAUAGGCCACAACACAGCGGUCAUCAAUCAAGUUCUGUGUUCUCUGGUCAUUCUGGAUGGAUAAAUGGAGUGAACGGACUUUCAUUACAAAAUGUCAACACCAAUAAUAUAAGACAAGACUCAUCACUGAUUGGAAACAGCAACAGUGGUUCUUCAGGAAUCUCACAAGGAAGUGGUAGUGGAAUAUAUACAUUUGGAUCUUCUGUGUCAGGAGAAAUGGGUGGAAGCGCUUCACCACAAUUUCAAAUCCCAAAUACAAAUGGACAAAGUUCAUCAGGUGGAAAUCUAAAUAUAUUACAGGGAACGUCUGGAAGUUCUACACAAAAUACUUAUGCUUCAUCAAGUCAACAAUUUGUUUCUUCUUCCGGUAGCAGUGAAAAUGUUCAUGUUGGUCAACAAUUACCACUUUCUCCAAUCCCUAACGAUGGUUUGUCAGGAAACGUACAAGGAGGAAUUACAAAUAUUAUAGGGCAACAAAUAUCAUCCGAACGUCAAACACCUGAUACUGAAAAUACAUCGUCACUGCUCGGUUUAAAUAUCAAUGUCGGUCAAAUAUUGAGUAAUACAGUAGAAGGUGUGGCUGGACUUUUAGGAGGUAGCUCAAGCUCAUCUUCAAUAGUAUCACAAGGACAAUCCUCUGCCUCUGGAAUUGCUCAAAUUUUACCAACAGUCCAACCAUCAAUUACUCCAACUCAAAAUCCAGGACAAAACAUGGCUGGAAGCUCAUCAUCACAAUCUCCCUCCGCUAACGCUGGUAACUCAGGACGUCCACAAGGAAGUGCUCAAAAUUAUAUCCAGGGAUAUUAUUACAUCGUGGAUGGAACUAAAUAUUAUGUUUCCCAAAAUGGUGCUACAGCAGUGCCACAGGGAGGUCCAGGCUCUUCCCCAUUAAAUGGUAUCCAAAGUGGUGUAACAGUAGCGCCACAGGGAGGACAAGGCUCUCUCUCAGGAAAUGGUCCAAUUUCAUCAACAGUCCAACCAUCAAUUGUCAAAACUCAAAAUGCAGGACACUACAUUUCUUCUGAUAUCUCUAAUCAAAAUUCAAUAACUGAAACUUCGAAAAAUGUUACAUCAUCUGUACAAACUGUUUCAUCAGUUGUAGGAAUUAACACUGCUAAUUCAGGAAGUCCACAAGAAAGUGCUCCAAAUGGAGUUGAAAGCAAUCCCUCAAGGCCUAAUGUAAAUGGUGGCAUUGCUGGAAAUUCAUCACCACAAUCUCCCUCUGCUAACGCUGGUAACCCAGCACGUCCACAAGGAAGUGCUCAAAAUAAUUACCAGGGAUAUUAUUACAUCGUGGAUGGAACUAAAUACUAUGUUUCCCAAAAUGGUGCUAUAGUAGUGCCACAUGGAGGUCUAGGCUCUUCCCCAGGAAAUGGUGCCCAAAGUGGUGUAACAGUAGUGCCACAGGGAGGACAAGGCUCUUCCUCAGGAAAUGGUCCAAUUUCAUCAACAGUCCAACCAUCAAUUGUUCCAACUCAAAAUGCAGGACACUACAUUUCUUUUGAUAUCUCUAAUCAAAAUUCAAUAACUGAAACUUCGCAAAAUGUUGCAUCAUCUGUACAAACAGUUUCAUCAGUUGUAGGGAUCAACACUGAUAAUUCAGGAAGUCCACAAGAAAAUGUUCCAAAUGGAGUUGAAAGCAAUCCCUCAAGGCCUAAUGUAAAUGGUGGCAUUGCUGGAAACUCAUCACCACAAUAUCCCUCUGUUAACGCUGGUAACCCAGGACGUCCACAAGGAAGUGGUCAAAAUUAUAUCCAGGGAUAUUAUUACAUCGUGGAUGGAACUAAAUAUUAUGUUUCCCAAAAUGGUGCUACUGUAGUGCAACAUGGAGGACUAGGCUCUUCUUCAGGAAAUGGUGCCCAAAGUGGUGUAACAGAAUUGCCACAGGGAGGACAAGGCUCUACCUCAGGAAAUGGUUCAAUUGCACAGACAGUCCAACCAUCAAUUUUCCCAACUCAAAAUGCAGGACACUACAUUUCUUCUGAUAUCUCUAAUCAAAAUUCAAUAGCUGAAACUUCAAAAAAUGUUGCAUCACCUGUACAAACAGUUUCAUCAGUUGUAGGAAUCAACACUGAUAAUUCAGGAAGUCCACAAGAAAAUGUUCCAAAUGGUGUUGAAAGCAAUCCCUCAAGGCCUAAUGUAAAUGGUGGCAUUGCUGGAAAUUCAUCACCACAAUCUCCCUCUGCUAACGCUGGUAACCCAGGACGUCCACAAGGAAGUGCUCAAAAUUAUUACAUCGUGGAUGGAACUAAAUACUAUGUUUCCCAAAAUGGUGCUACAGUAGUGCCACAUGGAGGUCUAGGCUCUUCCCCAGGAAAUGGUGCCCAAAGUGGUGUAACAGUAGCGCCACAGGGAGGACAAGGCUCUUCCUCAGGAAAUGGUCCAAUUUCAUCAACAGUCCAACCAUCAAUUGUUCCAAAUCAAAAUGCAGGACACUACAUUUCUUCUGAUAUCUCUAAUCAAAAUUCAAUAACAGAAACUUCGCAAAAUGUUGCAUCAUCUGUACAAACAGUUUCAUCAGUUGUAGGAAUCAACACUGAUAAUUCAGGAAGUCCACAAGAAAAUGUUCCAAAUGGUGUUGAAAGCAAUCCCUCAAGGCCUAAUGUAAAUGGUGGCAUUGCUGGAAACUCAUCACCACAAUAUCCCUCUGUUAACGCUGGUAACCCAGGACGUCCACAAGGAAGUGGUCAAAAUUAUAUCCAGGGAUAUUAUUACAUCGUGGAUGGAACUAAAUAUUAUGUUUCCCAAAAUGGUGCUACAGUAGUGCCACAUGGAGGUCUAGGCUCUUCCCCAGGAAAUGGUGCCCAAAGUGGUGUAACAGUAGCGCCACAGGAAGGACAAGGCUCUCCCUCAGGAAAUGGUUCAAUUGCACCAACAGUCCAACCAUCAAUUUUCCCAACUCAAAAUGCAGGACACUACAUUUCUUCUGAUAUCUCUAAUCAAAAUUCAAUAACUGAAACUUCGCAAAAUGUUACAUCAUCUGUACAAACUGUUUCAUCAGUUGUAGGAAUUAACACUGCUAAUUCAGGAAGUCCACAAGAAAGUGCUCCAAAUGGAGUUGAAAGCAAUCCCUCAAGGCCUAAUGUAAAUGGUGGCAUUGCUGGAAAUUCAUCACCACAAUCUCCCUCUGCUAACGCUGGUAACCCAGCACGUCCACAAGGAAGUGCUCAAAAUAAUUACCAGGGAUAUUAUUACAUCGUGGAUGGAACUAAAUACUAUGUUUCCCAAAAUGGUGCUACAGUAGUGCCACAUGGAGGUCUAGGCUCUUCCCCAGGAAAUGGUGCCCAAAGUGGUGUAACAGUAGCGCCACAGGGAGGACAAGGCUCUCCCUCAGGAAAUGGUCCAAUUUCAUCAACAGUCCAACCAUCAACUGUCCCAACUCAAAAUGCAGGACAAUACAUUUCUUCUGGUAUCUCUAAUCAAAACUCUAUAACUGAAACCUCAAACAAUGUUACAUCAUCUGUACAAACAGUUUCAUCAGUUGUUCCUGUUUUGGGAGGAAAUGGGCAAGGAAGUGUGUCAGGAUCAGGAUCAAGUUUGUCAGAAUCUGAACGCCAAAACUCUGUUAAUGAAAAUACGUCAUUACUAGAUGUUAAUCUAGGUCUCAAUGUGGGUGAUGUAGUAAAGGGCGCCACUGAACUUUUAAAUAAUGUUUUAGUAGGGGGUGGAAGCUCACAGCAUCAAUCUUCAUCGACUAACACAAAUGGUCUGUCAAGUCAAUAUGAGAUGGCUUCGCAAAGUGCAGGUCAAGCAUCUUCUGCAAUCACACAAAGUGGCUCCACAUCAGGAAGCGCGCAAGGAGGAAUCUCUACCUCUGGUCAAAUUGCAGGUCAGGCAUCUUCUGCAAUCCAACAAAUUGGCUCCCCAUCAGGAAGCACGCAAGGGGGAAGCUCUACCAACAAUUACGCUCAAGAAGCAUUCACUAGCACAAAUGGUCUGUCAAGUCAAUAUGAGAUGGCUUCUCAAAUUGCAGGUCAGGCAUCUUCUGCAAUCACACAAAGUGGUUCCUUGUCAGGAAGCGCACAUCGAGGAAGCUCUACUAACAAUAACGGUCAUCAAGCAUCAGGACUGCUAGGUAUUAAUCUUAGUAUCGGCUCAACACCGACCGAAGCAUCCUCAAGCAGACACCAAGGUGGUUUGUUUAGUUUUUUGGGGUAAAAACUUAAUCUUUUUUUAUAAAUAAAAAAAUUAAUACUUAACUUCAAACUCAUUUAAUUCAAUCUUAUGUACAUAUUCAAUUUUCGUCAAAGCAUUUUUUAAACUUUGAAAGCUUAACUAAUAAAUAUUUCAACAUGUUGUGCAUUGAAAUGUUUUUUUGAAUAUUUUUUUUUUAUACUAACUUCCGGCUUAUGUUCUGAAAACCUAUCUCACACAGUUGAACUUAACUGUUUCUGGAUGUUGUUUUACCACUUUAUUUUCAUAUUUCUUUAAAAAUACAAAAUUUUGAAUUACUCCCGGAAGCAUUAAGAAAACAGGUGACCUGACAGGUGAAAGCUAUAAGAUGCAUUUAUACAGGAUUAUACAGUUUCAUGAAUGUAUAUAAUCCGGUUAUCAUCGCUGCUCUUUCAGCUUAAGCUGUGUGUUAGUAAUCGUUAUAGUGUUUUUAUCUGUAUUUCCUGGUUUUUAUCAAGUGAAAAAAAUAAAUAAAACAUUAAAAGUGAAAUUUUAAAGUGGUAUUUUUGUUUUAAAACACAAUUUCUGCUUAACUAUUCAUAUUUUGGUGUUAAAUUGUGAUUUUCACAUUGUGUUGUUCCAGAAAAUUAAUCGUAAUUCUUUGUUUUCUGUGAGUCAUUUUUACUUUACUCUCCAAACUUCUUUGUUUUUGUUUUAAUAUUUAAGUUUAUCUUGAGUGAUUUCUUUAUUUUGUAAAUUUCUUAUUGCAUACUUUUAGGCAAACUAAAUUUUAAAAAUUAGUAUUGCAUAAACUCAAACACGCCGAUAUCAAUUGCAUAGUUUUAGGUUAUUAUUUAUUUAAAUUUGAAUUAUAACGUCUACUUAAAUGAAUUGCAUUAUCUGUAAAGAAAUUAUUGGCGAUGGAGAAAGAAUGUGUUUGUGUUGGUUAUGUGAUGGAUUUGCCCAUAUGAAAUGUGCUGGUCUUAAUGUCAAAAUAAUUGAAGGUCUUCUUAAAAUUGGUAAUGG